GACAACCGCAUUUGAAUAUUUAGUUAUAUUAUAAAGUUACAUUUUUCUGUAUGAACAAUGGCUACUGUUCUUGCAUUCUUUUAUUCCAUACUUGUAUUCUUAAAUACAUUGACAUUCUUAAGAGCUGCUGAUGUAAAUAAUGGAGGGAAGCAGCUGAGAAUUGCAGUACCUGCUAGAUCCAUAUUCAAACAGUUUGUGAAAGUAAAUCGAGAUCAUGACCAAAAUAUUACAUACAUCAGCGGAUUCUCAGUUGAUGUUUUUGAAGCUGCUGUGAAGUGUCUGCAAUAUCCAUUGAUGUACAACAUGGUUCCUUUCUAUGGCUCUCAUAAUGACAUGAUAAAGGAGGUCUCUGACAAGACUUUUGAUGCAGCCGUUGGAGAUAUUUUAAUAACUGCAAAUAGGAAUCAUGAGUCUGUACAGUUCUCGCAGCCUUAUAUUGAAUCAGGCCUUGUAAUGGUAGUGGCAUUGAAAUCAGACAGAUGGAAUCAGUCAUGGAUGUUCAUGGAACCCUUUAGCAAAGAAAUGUGGUUUUUAAUGGCAGCUAUGACUGUUUUCACUGGUUUUGUUGUUUGGUCUCUUGAGCAUGAAAUCAAUGAAGAUUUUCGCGGUCCGCCUAACAGACAAGUUGGAACAUCAUUGUGGUUUUCGUUCUCAACAGUUAUCUUUGCACAUAGAGAAAGAAUCAGGAGUCAAUUUUCCCGUAUUGUGCUGGUGCCUUGGUUAUUCUUGAUUCUUAUUGUUACCUCAACUUACACAGCAAACCUUACAUCAAUUCUAACAAAUCCGCAAGUUGAACCGUCCGAAACAGACAUUAACUCACUCAAGAGCUCAAAUGCUGCUAUUGGUUGUGAUGGGAAUUCCUUCACUAUCUGGUAUUUAGAGAAAGUUUUGAAUAUCAAGGCAGGGAACAUUAAAAUUAUAGCUUCAAGUGAUGACUUUGCGAAAGAACUAUCAAGUGGACAUACUAAGGCAGCUUUUAUGUUGACUCCUCAUGCUAGAGUUUUCCUAUCAGAAUACUGCGGAGGCUUCACCUUGGCAGGACCAACAUAUAAGCUCAGCGGUUUUGGCUUUGUAUUUCCAAGGGGUUCAUCUCUGGCAUUGGAUAUAUCAGAAACAAUUAUAUACUUGACUCAGAAUGGAGAACUGCAACAAUUAGAGAACGAAAAGCUGUCAUCUUGCAAAUGCUCAAAAUCAGCAUCUAAUUCCAGUUCUGUAACACAAAGCUUAGGACCGAGGCCUUUUGCAGGUUUGUUCAUUAUCUCAGGUAGUGUUUCCGUUGUCGGAUUGAUCAUUGGAGCAAUUCGUUUAUUAAGAAGCCACUGGGACAGAUUUGCAUUCAUUCAAAAAAUGUUAAUGGGUAGAGGAAUGUGGUCAUGGUUAGCAACAUUGUUUGCUCUAAACAAAACCAAAAACGAAAUUGAACUUUCAACUGAUUGCUGCAUUCCUGAAACCAUAAACAACAGUGCCUGGCACAGAGAAGGCGUCACAGGAUAAGGGCUGUUGUAGCCAAGAGCUUCUCCAACUUUCCUCUUCCAUUACAUACUAUUAUUUCAUAAUGAUAUGAUUUGUAAUGCUAAUACAUCUAAACAUCAAUGUAGAAUCGUAGACAUUAUUUCUAUGUGAAUUUAUCUUCUAA